CGGCUAAUCCCCUCACUCUCACUUCUGUUCUAUCACUCUAGAUAGAGCGUUCGUCACAGGGUUGUGAGCACUUAAUGGCCUUGAUUGACGUGUUCCUUAACAAUAAUCGACCCACUGUCUAGCAUUUUCCACUCCAUCACAAUGAAUCGCCUUAGAAUUUAUCGAAACCCGGGGUCUUGCUGGGCCCAGGCAAGGCACAUCGGGGGUCGCCGAAGCAUCACGACCAGCAAGAUUGUUCCCCUCAUCAUCAACGGGAAAGACAUUGAGACUUCAUCUACAUUCCCGGUUAUCAGUCCACUGACCGGGAAACACGUAUGGUCUUUAUCUUGCGCGACGAAGCAACAUGUCGAGGAUGCUGUUCAGAAUGCCCAAGAUGCGUUUCCGGCUUGGUCGCGAACCAAGGCAUACGAGCGUCGCGACAUCCUUCUCGCUGCGGCUGACAUCAUGAACAAGCGGAGAGACGAGCUGGGAGGGUAUAUGAACCAGGAAAUCGGCGCUAAUCAGGGUUACCAAGACUUUAUUAUUGGCCUUGCCAUUGAUGGUUUCAAAGACACAGCUGGGAGAAUUUCUGGCGCAAUGCAGGGCUCUGUCCCAGAGUCCAAUCUGGACGGAAUGAAAGCCAUAGUAUACAAGAGGCCCUAUGGAGUGAACUUGGGAAUUGCACCUUGGAACGCCCCAUAUCAUCUUGGCCUCCGGUCCAUUUUGUUUGCCCUUGCAACCGGAAACACCGCAAUCCUCAAGGGAGCCGAAUUCUCUCCUAUGUGCUACUGGGCCAUCGCCGACAUCUUUCGAGAGGCUGGGCUGCCCGAUGGUUGCCUCAACCUCGUCUUCCAUUCGCCAGCGGAUGCCGCCGUCAUUACCGAGGAAUUUGUAGCAAACCCGCAUGUGAGGAAGAUCAACUUUACAGGCAGCACGAGGGUCGGCAGUAUCAUUGCGGCAUCGGCAGGCAAGCAUCUGAAGCCGGUUCUCAUGGAGCUUGGAGGGAAAGCAAGCGCCAUUGUGCUGGAAGACGCAAACCUUGAGCAAGCGGCGCUGCACUGUGCGAGAGGAGCUUUCAUGAACGCUGGCCAAAUUUGCAUGUCGACGGAGCGUAUCCUCGUGCACGAAUCCGUCGCGCAGAAGUUUCAAGAACUUUUCCGCGAUACCACCAAGCAGGUCUUUGGCGCUGCAAAUGAUACACCCAUGCUUGUUACAGCAGCUUCAGCAAAAAGAAACCAUGGUCUUGUUGCAGAUGCAACUUCCAAGGGAGCCAAGUCGAUGAAGAUCUUUGAUGGAGGCCAUGAAGGCCAAUACGAGACUCACAUGCAACCCGUCAUCCUCAAAGAUGUUGACCAGAACAUGGACCUGUAUCAGACUGAGUCUUUUGGGCCCAGCGUGUCUCUAUUCACCUUCAAGACGGAAGAGGAAGCAUUGGAGCUCGCCAACAAUACCGAGUACGGCCUGUCAGCUAGUGUCUUCUCUGAAGAUCUGAAGGCAGCAUUCCGUGUUGCCGACGGUUUGGAGUCUGGAGCAGUGCACAUCAAUUCCAUGACUGUGCAUGACGAGUAUCCUUUGCCUCACGGAGGAGUCAAGAAAAGUGGAUUUGGUCGGUUUAAUGGUUACCAGGGUCUGGAUGAGUUCCUUUACUACAAGACUGUCACCUGGAUGGAGUGAUGGUCAAUCAAGUCAUAUCAUAGAGUACCUUAACUUAGCCAAGGGAUUCUUUAUUGAGAUUUAAGUUCAAGAUUAUCUCACAUGCUUCCCACUGAAUUCACU